UAUUCUUUCAUUUUUGCAUCAAUUGAGCUUUUACUAUGUAACAACUAACAAACUCUCAUUACACAAUUUCCAUACGUUUUCUUGGUUUAAAUACUCUCUUCUCUUUCGUUUCAGCAAUAAAUUCUCUCAUAUCUUCAAGCAAGGUAGUCCUCAAGCUUUUCCCCCUUUCUUUAUUCUAUCUUUUCCUUUUGGAUUUCUGUGUAGCAUUUUGAGAUUCUUUCUCCAAAUGGGGUUUCCUCAAAGUAGUUGCACUAACUCCAUGGACUCUCUUCCCACCCAUUUUUCUUCCAAGACUCGACCUUUGCCCGCUUAUGAAGAGAUAAAAAUUAAGUCUUUAAUAUACAGAAUGAUUUGGAGUUCUGGGCUGGGCCGUGUAAUUCUACCUCGCCGCCGGCGAAGCUCCGGGAGGGAUAAAGAGAAGAAUUUGGAGCACAAUAAGGCUUGGUUGCUGGCGGAAUCCGGUGGAGAUUUGAGUAAUGCUGACCCACAAUCAGUUCAUUCUUCUUUUAGGUUCAGUUUGUGCUCUAAGGUUGAGCUCGAGUCUAUGAGUAGUGUGAGUAGUUGCUCCUCUGCUACUGUGUUGAUGGUGAAUUUGGACAAUGGGUUGACUGAUCCUGGGUUGAAGGAGCUGAAAUGGAGGAGAUUUGAAUCUCUGGAGAGGAGUAUUUCACCUGUGGCACAUUCUUUGGUUAGGUUUAGCUUUGCUGAGAUUGUUUCUGCUACUAGAAAUUUCUCUCAAGGUAGGGUUUUGGGAAGGGGUGCAUUGAGCUAUGUUUUUAGGGGGAGAAUUGGACUUCCAUGGACUGUUGUUGCUAUUAAGAGGUUGGAUAAGGAAGAUAAAGAAACCCCAAAAGCAUUUUGUAGGGAACUUAUGAUUGCUAGCUCACUACAUAACCCUUAUAUUGUUCCACUUUUGGGUUUCUGUAUUGAACCAGAGGAGGGUUUGUUCUUGGUUUAUAAGUAUGUAUCUGGAGGGAACUUGGAGCGAUAUUUGCACGGGAAGAAGCGGGGAGUGAAAGGCGGUCCAGCGCUUUCGUGGUCUGCUAGGCAUAAGGUUGCAGUUGGCAUUGCUGAAUCAAUCUGCUAUUUGCACAAUGGAACUGGAAGAUGUGUUGUGCAUAGAGACAUCAAGCCUUCGAACAUCCUUCUUUCUUCGAGGAUGACCCCGAAGUUAUGUGACUUUGGAUUAGCUACAUGGACUCCUGCACCUUCGGUACCUUUCCUUUGCAAAACCGUUAAAGGGACAUUUGGGUAUUUGGCCCCCGAGUAUUUCCAGCAUGGUAAAGUGUCAGAUAAAACUGAUAUUUAUGCUUUCGGGAUAGUCCUCCUGGAACUACUAACUGGCCGGAAGCCAAUUGAAGGAAGUAGGGGACCGGGGGAAGAGAAUUUGGUCUUAUGGGCAAAGCCACUGCUGCAACAAGGAGCUCUCGAGAAAUUGCUCGAUCUGAGACUUAAGUUCCCGGGAAAGACCUUGCACAAAAUAGCCCGGAUGAUUCGAGCAGCAGCUGCAUGUAUAAACAGCGAAGAAUCCAGGCGGCCUAACAUCGGUGAGAUUAUUGCCAUACUGAGAGGCAUAAACCCCGAGCAAAGCAAGAAGAAGGGUAAUUUAACCGGCAAUAAUAGUAGCACGAUAGAUUGUUAUGCACAGCUGCAGCAGACUAAAACUGAAAUGAAGAGUCACUUAGCAUUAGCCAUGCUAGGCGUUUCAGAGUUUGAAGAUGAAGAUUUUUACUGCAGAUGAAUCUUAGAAAUAAUGUUUUUUGAUUUUGAUUUUGAUUUUGAUUUUUUGGUUUGUCUAUAUAGUAUAUGUAGGUCUAGAAUUGAUUACCUGUUCAAAAUGUGUAUGGAAAUGGCAGGGUGAUGAGUCCUCUCUGUUUGAAUAUAUAUAUAAUUCAUCUCCCAGAGCUCAUGGGAAAAUAUGAUAUAUUUUUGUUUUC